GGGUAGCGUCAGGGUUCUUGGGUGAAUUUCGCGAAUCUACAUCAUCGGUACAGUACAACACAACACGGCAUGGCACCCGUCUCAAUGCCCUCAGCGCUCACAUUCGAGCUGCUGGGCAAGUGUUCAGUCACGAAAGCACGCGCUGCAACGCUCCAUCUGCCCCAUGGCCCGGUACCACUUCCCAUCUUCAUGCCUGUCGCGACACAGGGUUCCCUGAAGGGUCUCACUCCAGACCAACUCGAGGACCAAGGCUGUCGACUAUGUCUGAACAACACGUAUCAUCUAGGCCUCAAGCCAGGACAGGCGACACUAGACGCGAUAGGUGGUGCACACAAGCUGCAGUCAUGGCCACAUAACAUUCUCACAGAUAGUGGUGGCUUCCAAAUGGUGUCGCUACUGAAGCUCGCCAGGGUGACCGAAGAGGGCGUGCGGUUCCUGAGUCCUCACGAUGGCUCUCCAAUGCUCCUCACCCCGGAGCACUCCAUCUCCCUCCAGAACUCUAUCGGCUCCGACAUCAUCAUGCAACUUGACGACGUGAUUGCCACCACCUCUCCCGACAACGCGCGCAUGAAGGAAGCCAUGGAGCGCUCUGUUCGCUGGCUCGAUCGCUGCAUCCAGGCCCACAAGUACCCCGAAAGACAAAACCUUUUCUGCAUCAUACAGGGAGGACUCGACCUGGACCUGAGAAGAGAGUGCACCGCCGAAAUGGUCGCCAGGGAUACGCCGGGUAUCGCUAUUGGAGGGCUGUCUGGAGGCGAGGAGAAGACUGCAUACUGCAAGGUCGUCGACACGUGCACAGGGCUGCUGCCAGAGAAGAAGCCGAGAUACGUCAUGGGAGUCGGCUAUCCCGAAGAUCUGGUCGUCUCGGUUGCUCUUGGCGCCGACAUGUUCGACUGCGUAUGGCCAACACGGACGGCUCGUUUCGGCAACGCCAUUACCUCUCGCGGUGUUCUUAACAUUCGCAACGCCAUGUAUUCCGAAGACUUUCGCCCUCUUGAAGAAGGCUGCAAAUGCACAUGUUGCAGGCCCACGCCGGAAGGUGGUCUGGGCAUCACUCGGGCCUAUAUCUACCACAUCACCGCAAAGGAGACCGCAGGGGCUCAUCUACUGACCAUGCACAACGUUCACUAUCAACUGAACUUGAUGAGACUUGCCAGGGAGGCUAUCCUCGAAGACAGAUAUCCACAAUUCAUCAAAGGAUUCUUUGGGACGCUCUACGACUGGAAUCGUGAAAGUUUUCCUGCGUGGGCUGUCACCGCGUUAAAGGAUGUUGGCGUAGAUUUGCUAGCCGAUUAG